AUGCGGAGCUCCCUUUCAGCAGGCGUUGUUGCCCGCACGUGUUGCAGAGCGCGAUUCUUCCUGGACGAAGGAGAUCACCACAUGCGAUUCACGUCGGCAGGAACCGUCAGAUAUCGUUGCCAAUAUUGCGAUUGUGAUUUGCUCAAGAGUACAAAGCUUGGUGCACUGCUCCCCUCGUCGCGAUAUCAUGGGAAAACUGUUUCCAUACCGCAUGAUCCUGAUGCGCUUCGUCCUAGGAUAGAGCUUCACCCUGAAGACCAUAUUUAUCGCGAGCCAUCAACACAACAUCUUGACUGGCUAGUUACCUCCGACUACCUUCGUCCGGAUGGAGUUUUAAAACGGGUAUAUUUAAUCAACGGCCUUUUCCCUGGCCCAACAGUUGAAACUCGUUCGGGCGAUAGGCUUGUCAUAACGGUGACGAAUGCCUUAGAAGAUGAGUCCAUCACAAUUCAUUGGCAUGGUUUACAUGUUAAGCAUUCAAUGGAUGGUGCUGCCGGGGUUACUCAAUGUGUGAUCUCCCCUGGAACCAAGUUCGUCUAUAACUUUACUAUUCCUGAUGACCAGAGCGGGACAUUCUGGUAUCAUGCUCAUUCGGGGCUCGCAAGAGCAGACGGGCUAUACGGCGGGUUUGUUGUACAUGCGCCUGCGUCUAAGUCGACGGUUCGAGGGCUCUUAUCUGCCCGACACUCAAAUGAGGUACAUCGCCAUCGGUAUGACAAAGAGCUCUUACUUCUUAUUGGCGACUGGUACCACCAACCUGCUGAAGACGUUAUGGCUUGGUAUAUGCGUGCUGCGUCGUUUGGUAAUGAACCAGUUCCGGACUCGUUACUUAUAAACGGAUUCGGGUCAUUCGACUGCUCGAUGGCAGUUCCAGCACGACCAGUGAAUUGCAUCAUGCAGGAGAGCGAUGCUUUAAAUUUGGAUCUAGAUAGAACGACGGUCUAUCGAAUCCGGGUAGUCAAUACUGGAUCUCUGGCGGGAUUCACACUGGCAUUUGGACAGGAGAAUAUGGAACUUGUCCAAAUCGACAGUGUGGAUGUCGAGCCACAGCGCCAAAAUGUGAAUGCCCUGGGUAUUCUCCACCCAGGACAGCGCAUGGAUUUUAUCCUUCGUUCACCAUCGGAGAAUACACAGUUCUCCCUUUUCAUACAACUGGAUGAAGAAUGCUUCAAAUACCCCAACCCAGCUUUAGCUCCUAACCAAACCUUCCCCAUAAAUGCAGCAAAUACUCCUCAACAACCCAUCAACACCAUCCAUCUCGACCUCUCCGAUGUCCCCUCAUCAAACAAAGUCCUGUCUUCUCUUCCCGCAACUGCCCAACAGACCCACGUCGUAUAUACCAGGGUCCAAAAACUUGCAAAAAAUAGCAACACCCCUUAUGGAUACUUCAAUCACACUUCUUGGCGCCCACAAAGCGAGCCCUCUGCGGCAUUGGUCGCUCUCCCCAGAGAAAAAUGGGAUAAACAACAAUUCUCCCUCUCAACAGGAGACAAAGCUGAAUGGGUUGACCUUGUGGUGAACAACCUGGAUGAUAGUCCUCAUCCAUUUCAUCUCCAUGGUCACCAUUUCUACAUUCUCCAAGUCUACCAAGCCCCCAUAGGUUGGGGCUCCUACAACCCCUUUUCAGAUCCGCACCCACCAGGCUCGGCUCCCGGCAGCAAUCGUUCGUCAUACGACCUAACCAAAGCCACAUUAAGAGACACUGUCUACAUCCCUAGUCGCGGGUACGCAGUUCUCCGGUUCCGGGCCGACAAUCCCGGCGUUUGGAUGUUCCAUUGCCAUAUUCUGUGGCAUUUGGCGAGUGGGAUGGCGAUGCUGGUUGAUGUUAUGCGAGACGAGCAGGGUUCGUUUGUAGACGGAGGAUCUUGUUUGUCUACUGGGUAG